CGGCGGUUGAAAUUCAAAAGUGGCGGGUGUGGCGGGUGGCCUGGGCCGUCUGUCUCCCUCGUUUUGUGGCGCGAGCCCAUGAGAGGACGCGGGUCUCGGGACACCGGGACCCUGUCUGCUGCCUUUGCAUCCCGUCCUGUGCGGACCACCGUAGACAUGCAGGCGCAGAGGCCCCCUUUGUUGGAAGUGAAGAGGAACUUAGAGCUGAACACAGCCCUGGUCAAGUCCUCAUCCCGACUGCCCCUGGCAGGAAGCAGGCUCAAGAGGGGUCCUGACCAGAUGGAGGAUGCCUUGGAGCCUGCAAAGAAACGAACACGAGGCAUGGGUGCAGUGACCAAAGUUGACACAUCCCGCCCCAGAGGACCACUCCUCAGCACAGUGUCACAGACUGCAGCUCAGAAAGGCCCUAAGAAGACAGGACCUCGUGGGUGCUCUACUGCUGGCACAGUGCUGAGGAACCAGAAGCCAGCUCCCGCUGCUCCUGCCCAGAAGCCUGGCACAUCAACUGCUCCUGUAGUGGUAGGGAAGAAGCCUGGCAAACGUCCUGCUUGGGACUUAAAGGGUCAGUUGUGUGACCUCAAUGAAGAGUUGAAACGCUAUCGGGAGAAGACUCACACGCUGGACCGGGAGAACCAGGAGCUUCGGGAGCAACUGAGAGAGGUCCAGGAGCAGGCCACGACCCUGGGGGCAGAGCGGAACACCCUGGAAGGGGAGCUGGCCAGUGUACGCACCCAAGCUGAGCAAGGCCGGCAGAAGCUGGAGACGCUGAGUGCCCGUGUCCUGGAGUUGGAGGAAUGUCUGGAUACCAAGGAAAAGCUGGUCCAGGAGCUUCAGAAAGAACGGCUGCAACUGCAGGAGGAACGGAGCACACUGAGCACCCAACUGGAGGAGCGGGAGAGGAGGUUUCAGGCCUCAGAAGCAGCUCUGUCAAGCAGCCAAGCAGAGGUGGUGUGUCUUCGGCAGAAGACUGCAGCCCAGGUGACCUUACUGGCUGAGCAAGGAGACCGGCUCUACGGGCUAGAGAUGGAGCGGCGUCGACUCCACAACCAGCUGCAGGAACUGAAGGGCAAUAUCCGGGUGUUCUGCCGGGUGCGCCCUGUCCUUGCAGGGGAAUCCACUCCAUCUCCUGGCUUCCUUGUAUUUCCUCCUGGCCCUGCGGGACCCUAUGACCCCCCAACCCGCGUCAGCCUUUCACGGUCUGAUGACCGGCGCUCGACCCUGACAGGGGCGCCAGCGCCCACUACCCGCCAUGACUUCUCCUUUGACCGGGUGUUCCCACCAGGGAGCAAGCAGGAGGAAGUGUUUGAGGAGAUCUCCAUGCUUGUCCAGUCAGCACUGGAUGGCUACCCUGUGUGUAUCUUUGCCUAUGGACAGACAGGCAGUGGCAAGACCUUCACUAUGGAGGGUGGGCCUAGGGGAGACCCCCAGCUGGAGGGGCUGAUCCCUCGGGCCAUGCGGCAUCUGUUCUCUGUGGCCCAGGAGAUGAGUGGCCAGGGCUGGACAUACAGCUUUGUGGCGAGUUACGUAGAGAUCUACAAUGAGACCGUCCGAGACCUGCUAGCUACUGGAGCUCGCAAGGGACAAGGGGGCGAGUGUGAGAUUCGUCGGGCAGGCCCAGGGAGUGAGGAGCUCACUGUCACCAAUGCUCGAUAUGUUCCCGUUUCCUGUGAGAAAGAGGUGGAGGCUCUGCUCCACUUGGCCCAUCAGAAUCGGGCUGUGGCCCGCACUGCCCAGAAUGAGAGGUCCUCACGCAGCCACAGUGUGUUCCAGCUGCAGAUUUCUGGAGAGCAUGCUGCUCGCGGCCUGCAGUGUGGCGCUCCCCUCAACCUUGUGGACCUGGCUGGGAGUGAGCGGCUAGACCCUGGCUUAACCCUAGGCCCUGGGGAGCGUGAUCGUCUUCGGGAGACACAGGCCAUUAACAGCAGUCUGUCCACACUGGGACUCGUCAUAAUGGCCCUGAGCAAUAAGGAGUCUCAUGUGCCCUACCGAAACAGCAAGCUUACCUACCUGCUGCAGAACUCUCUGGGUGGCAGUGCCAAGAUGCUCAUGUUUGUGAACAUUUCUCCUCUGGAAGAGAAUGUCUCCGAGUCUCUGAAUUCACUACGCUUUGCUUCCAAGGUGAACCAGUGUGUUAUUGGUACUGCUCAGGCUAACAAGAAAUGAAGAUGGAUCCGAGCCUGAGUCCCGUGCAAGCGAGUGUGCGUGCGCCUGUGUUCCGGUGUAUAUGUAUUCAGUGGGGUGGGGGUUGAGACAGGAUUUUAUUUGCCAGACAUUAUGUACUCAACUAUCAAAUAAAGAAAAUUUGCUG